UUGUGUGAGUCUCGUCUCUUCUCUCACUCUCGCUGUAAUGGAGUUGUUCAUCUUCAUAGUGUUUCAGCUCCUGACGGAGGUUCAGUCUUACAAAUCUCCUACUGUAAAAGUAUCUCCAGAUGUCAUAAGAGAGUCCAGCUCAGUGAAGAUCAGCUGUGAGACUCCAGCAGAUGUUAGAGCGAGUCAGUGUUAUUUCACCAUAAACAGAGAAGAGAAGAAUAUAAAAGUCAGUUCAUCAUGUCAGCUCGAGCUCACUGGUGCUGAAGUGCUCAGAUGGGCAGGUGUAAAAUCACCUGAAUCAGUCUACAUUAACUGUUAUUACACAAUAAAUGAACGAGGCGUCAAUAAACCAUCAUCUAAUUCUCCUCCUGCCACAGUAACGGUUCUAGAUUCCCUUCAGAAACCCUUCAUCAGUGCUAGUGAUAAUGAUGACCAGCUCUUCAUAUCAUGUGAAAUACCACUUUCAGUCAGAGCUGAUUUCAUCUGUAGUCUCUACACUGAGGAUGAUGUUCUUCUGUUUCACCGUGUCUCUCAGAGGAGUCAGUCUGGAGGGAAUCUUUGUGUGUUUUAUGUAAGUCGUAGUGAACUCUUCACACAAUCAGUGAACAGCAGACAGCUGAGCUGUGUUUAUUCACUCAAGACUGAACCUGAGAUCAGAUCACCACACAGUGACACAUACACCAUCAGUAACACAAUCCCCAUCACAGUCACAGUCACCAUCAGAGACAAGAUCACUACCAGAGAUCUUCCUCAGGCCAAGCUGAGAGCGUCUGCUUCAGUUAUUCUGGAAAGAGACACAGUUGAGCUGAGCUGUGAGAAUACUGAAGAUCUGAAGAUGGAGAAGUGUUACUUCUAUAUAAAUGGAAGAGAAAGUAACUCAAAAGUGAGCUCAUCAUGUCAGAUCUCACUCACUGGAUCUCAGAUCAGUGUUUGGUCUGGAGGUCAGAGUUCAUCUGUGAGAAUAAACUGCUUCUACACUGUGAUGAAGGGACAAGUUCAAAAACCAUCUGCUCACUCUGAUCCAGUGACAGUUACAGUCCAGAUUUCAACAUCAACCACCACUGAACAUACGACUACAACAACAGCCACGACAACCUCGCAAGCUGUAAUGUCCACUUCUGAAACCACAACACCAUACAGUAAAACUAACCCCCAGUCCAUGACAAUCCUCUCAGCAAGCACAACAGAGGAAACCAUUAUUUCAACAUCAACCACCACUGAACAUACGACUACAACAACAGCCACGACAACCUCGAGAGCUGUAAUCUCCACUUCUGAAACCACAACACCAUACAGUAAAACUAACCCCCAGUCCAUGACAAUCACAACAAAGGAAACCAUUAUUUCCAUGGCAACCUCCACUCAGUCUGCUCUCACUGCAGUUUCAACAGCAGGGCCCACUCAAAGAUCUUCACAAAUAAACACAUCUUCAACAACAAUGGCUGUCAUUUUCACAUCUGAAGCCCCAUCGUCCCACAGAACAGUAUGGGUUAUAGUGCUGGUUUCCUCCGGUGUUGCUGUCAUUUUGUCUGGACUCACAGGAUUUGCCGGUCUUUGCUGGUUUGCAAGUAAAAAAAGAAGAAAACAAUCAAAAAAACUGAAUGAGCCCAUCCAAGAAACUGGUACGACUGGUCCUGGACCUGCAGAGACAUAUUCUCUGAUCACUUAUGUUCCAGCCACAUCUCAGCCUAUAGCUGUAGAAAUAACAUCAAAAGUGGAAAAAGAUGGCCUCAAACACCCAGAGUCACAUCAGGACAGCACAGCAGAUCCCAAAGACACUCGCUCUUUCAUUACAUCUGUCAAUCCAAUUUACCAGCCCUCAGAUGCUUUGAUCGAUAAAAAACGUAAAUUGAGAAAUACAGAGGAAAAUGAGAAUGUUUAUCACCUAUACUCCACAAUCCCUGACAAACCAGUCCACUCCAACACAGAAGAUCAAGUCUACAGUUUGUUGAAGAUGUAACGAUGAAUCUCAAAACUUAUUUUAUCAUGAAUGUAUAGCUAAAGGGUCAUGAGCUUCACAGACAUUGCUCAGAGGAUCUUCUUUUUCAAGAUCCCCCAAAAAAUCUAGAGGCU